UCUACUGGGAUCAUGCCUGUGACCUUUGCCCUCUUGUUCCUCCUAAGCCGGGCAACCUCGGACCCAUGCUAUGAUCCAGGGGGACGCCCUCGCUUCUGCCUUCCACCAGUGACCCAGCUGGCAGGUGGCAUAGCAGCCUCCUGCCCCCAGUCCUGUACCCUUUCCCCAGGGACUAGUCCUGGCCCUGGGGCCACCUGCAAUGGCAGUCUGACCCUGGACUUGGAUGGCCCCUUCCUCCUGACGUCUGUCAGCCUGCGCUUCUGCACCCCAGGACCCCCAGCCCUAGUUCUGUCUGCGGCCUGGGCUGCAGGGGGUCCCUGGAGGCCUCUGUGGCGCAGACCUGCCUGGCCUGGGGCUUUGGGGGGUCCUGAGAGGGUCAUCUUUCGCUCCCCACCAGGCCCUAAGGCCAGGGUGGUGGCCAGCCACCUCCGUGUGGAGUUUGGAGGCCGAGCAGGGCUGGCAGCAGCUGGCGUGAGAGGCCGCUGCCAGUGCCAUGGCCAUGCGGCCCGCUGUGCUGCCCGUGCCCGGCCUCCACGCUGCCGCUGCCGCCACCACACCACCGGCCCAGGGUGCGAGAGCUGCCGCCCAUCCCACCGAGACUGGCCCUGGAGGCCUGCUACGCCCCGGCACCCCCACCCCUGCCUGCCCUGCUCCUGCAACCAGCACGCUCGCCGCUGCCGGUUCAACUCUGAGCUGUUCAGGCUGUCUGGUGGCCGGAGUGGGGGUGUAUGUGAACGGUGCCGCCACCACACAGCUGGGCGACACUGCCACUACUGCCAGCCAGGGUUCUGGAGGGAUCCCAGCCAGCCUAUCACCAGCCGAAAGGCCUGCAGGGCCUGCCAGUGCCACCCCAUUGGGGCAACAGGAGGCACCUGCAACCAGACCAGUGGGCAGUGCUCCUGCAAGUUAGGGGUCACAGGCCUGACAUGCAGUCGCUGUGGUCCUGGCUACCAGCAGAGCCGCUCCCCUCGGAUGCCCUGCCAGCGAAUUCCAGAAGCAACAACCAUCUUUGCUACUACACCUGGUGCUUCCAGCUCUGACCCUCAGUGUCAAAACUACUGCAAUAUUUCGGAUACCAGAGUACACAUGAGCCUUCAGAGGUACUGCCAGCAGGACUAUGUUCUGCACGCUCAGGUGCUGGCGUUGGAGAUGGCCGGCCCUGCAUGGCGACGGCUGGCCGUGCGGGUGCUGGCCGUGUACAAGCAGCGGGCGCGGCCUGUGCAACGGGGCGGCCAGGACGCCUGGGUGCCCGGCGCCGACCUGGCCUGCGGCUGCCUGCGCCUACAGCCCGGCACUGACUACCUGCUGCUGGGCAGCGCGGCUGGAAACCCGGACCCCGGGCGCUUCGUCCUAGAUCGCUACGGCCUCGCACUGCCCUGGAGGCCGCGCUGGGCCCGGCCGCUGAGGCGGCUACAGCAGGAGGAGCGUGCUGGGGGUUGCCGCGGCCUGGAGCCUCCCUCACCCAACCCUACGCCUUAACACUAACCAGGGCGCGCGAGGCGUCGACGCCCAGCAAUGCGGAACCUGCCACGCAGCCUUCCUCAGCUGCGCGCGUCCUGAGAGAACCAAUCAGAAGCCACGGGGCGCCUUACGUCACCGGCACGCGCCAGCAACGCGCAGGCGCAAGAGACUUUCACCGGAAGGCGCCUGAGCGGGAUUUUGGUCCCGUGGCUCUUCGUUUGACUUGUGACACAAGCAGUUAA